CCGACAGGGGGCGCCGGGCCCUCAGGGAGCGCAGGCCCUUCCGGGGAUCUGAAGAUGAAGAAGCUAAAGCUUAAGGAACUAGAAAGCAGCCUGCAGCAAGUGGAUGGUUUUGAAAACCCUAAAUUACUUCUAGAACAGUAUCCCACCAGACCGCACAUUGCAGCGUGUAUGCUAUAUACAAUUCACAACACGUAUGACGACAUUGAAGAUAAAGUGGUGGCAGAUCUAGGAUGUGGUUGUGGAGUACUUAGCAUCGGAUCCGCAAUGUUAGGGGCAGGGUUGUGUGUUGGGUUUGACAUAGAUGAAGAUGCCUUGGAAAUAUUUAGUAGAAACGUUGAGGAGUUUGAGUUAACAAAUAUCGACAUGAUUCAGUGCAAUGUGUGCUCCUUACCUGACAGAAUGUCCAAAUCAUUUGACACAGUCGUUAUGAAUCCACCCUUUGGGACCAAGCAUAAUAAAGGCAUGGAUAUGCUAUUUCUGAAGGCUGCUUUACAAAUGGCAAGAACAGCCGUGUAUUCUUUACACAAAUCUUCAACCAGAGAACAUAUUCAAAAGAAAGCAAAUGAGUGGAAAGUCAAAAUGGAUAUUUUAGCAGAACUUCGGUAUGAUUUACCAGCAUCAUACAAGUUUCAUAAAAAGAAAUCGGUUGACAUCGAAGUGGAUUUAAUCCGGUUUUCUUUUUGAAAAACCUCCAAAAUCAGGAAUGGCGUAAAAUCCAUUUAAAAUGAAUAAAAAUAUCUGACAUUA